UCAUAUUUUGAAAUUGUUCGCGAAGAUAUAGGAGAAGAUGAGACCAUUCGUUGUUCUAGCCGGAGCUGGUAUAGGAGCCUGUGCUCUUGCAUGGUUACUUAGGGUGAUUGAAUCUACCAAAUCGUGCCAUAUUACCAAUGCAAUAUCGAAUGAAUUUGAGCCGAUCCGCUAUAAGUUCAACUCAACCAUUUACAUCAUCAAUACAACCGAGAAGUGUCGAAAAGUUAUUCGGAUGUUCCAGUCUCAAUGCGAGCGGUUUCCGGUGCUUGGUUUUGACUGCCAAUGGGAACAAUAUGGAUCGUACCGUAAAAAAGUAGCGUUGCUCCAGUUGGUUUGUGACGGGGGCUUAUGCGCUCUCAUUAAGCUGCGCGAUAUGGACGAAAUUCCGAGUGAGUUAUUCCGUUUAUUGGGAGACCCCUCCAUCCUUAAAGUUGGCAUGGAACCACAAAAUAAAGCGUAUAAUCUUUGGGCUGAUUACCGCAUAUCGGUGAAAGGGACCCUCGACUUAUCUACGAUGUAUGUAUCUUGUGGUAUGUACUAUACAAGAAGUUUGGCGGAAUUGGCGCUUAAAGUAUUGAACAGAAAUAUGAUGCGAAUGCGUCCGUUGCGCGAUUCGGAUUGGAACCAACCAAUACUGAAUGCAUAUCAAAUUAAAUAUGCUGAGGAAGUUGCGUACGUUUCAUUUGAGUUAUUCUUGAAACUAGGAGAAAAGGCUGCGCUAUGUUCCAUGUGGACCGGCCGCAAGAUUUGGUUGAGUGAAUUGCGAAGCAAAUUCUCCAAUGAAAUAAUAUACUCCAACAAAUACAACAGAUCAGGAGAAUGCCUGAUGGUAGUUGACGAUCUCUUGAAUCCGAUGUUUGUAUGA